AUGGGAUAUUUAGAUGAAUGUUGUGAAAUAAUAGAAAAUAAGAGGAUAUUCCCCUUUAAUAACUUUAAAUAUGGAAAAAAUACAAUAACUGUAUCAUUAGAACAUAAUUUAAGAACAUGUAAUAUAACAUUGAAAUGUGGUAUAUAUAAAAAUGGAUAUAAAAUUAGUGAUAUUAUAACAAUAGAAUUAAAAAAAAAUAAAUUAAAGAAUAUUUAUCUUAAAAAAAUUAGAAAUAAUUUUAAUUUCAAUUGUAAAUAUAAAUGUAAAUUAUUUAUAAAAUAUUUUAAAUUAACUAAAAUUAAAUUAUUUAAUAGAGUUAAAUAUUUUAAUAGAUUUAAAAUAUUUAAUAGAUUUAAAACAGUUGAUAGAGUUGAUAGAGUUGAUAGAGUUGAAACAGUUGAUAGAGAUUUGAAAUUAGAUUUUCCUAUAGUAAAAAAUUUGAAAAAAUCCUUUAAAAAUCUUUAUUUUUUUAUUGAUUUAUAUAUUGAGAAUUAUUUUAUUACAAAUAAUUAUCAUAUUAUACAAUUUGAUAAUUAUACUGAUAUAAUAUUAUUAUCUGAAAGUUCUAAUACUAUAGAUAAAUAUGAAAAUAUUGAGAAUAUAAAGUUAAAAACAUCAGUUAGUUCAGAUAUUAAUAUAUCUAACAAUAUGGAAAACCAUUGCUGUUGUUAUGAUAGAAUUUGUUAUAAUCAUGUGAAGAAUAUUUGUAAUAGUAUAAGAAAAUUAAUGAAUUUGGAGCUUGACAAUUUUGGAAAAUCGGGAAUUUUUAAUUAUUUACAAACUUUAUAUUAUAUUAAUAAUAUUAAUUGUAUUUCAUCUUGUUUAAUUUCAUUAAUUACAUUUACAAUAUUUAAUCAACAAAGUGUGUCUACUGAGAAAUUAACUACGGUAAGAAGUGUGUCUACUGAGAAAUUAACUACGGUAAAAAAUGUAUCUAGAGUGGAAAAUGUAUCUACUGAGAAAUUAACUACGGUAAAAAGUGUGUCUACAGUCAGACUAUUAUCAAUUUUGAAUCAUAAAUAUAAGAUUAGAUUUAAAUAUAUUUCGAAAUUUCAUUUGGUUAAAUUUAAUAAACAACAAGUUCUACAUUAUCAACUUUUACUCUCAAAUAAUCCUAAAUGUACUAGUACGGUCCUUUGUCACACGGAUACAGGUACUAAGGGUAUUAGUAGUACUGAUACUAAGGUUAGUACUAAUAGUACUACAAAGGUUAAUACUAAUACUAAUAAUAGUACUAAGGAUACUACUGGAACCACUGGACCAAGCACCGUUACUCAGGGAAAGGGAGCUAAUUCUACAGCUAUAGAGUGUACCUCCGGAAAGGGAGCUAAUUCUACAGCUAUGGAGUGUACCCCUGGAAAGGGAGCUAAUUCUAUGCCUAUGGAGUGUACCCCUGGAAAGGGAGCUAAUUCUAUGCCUAUGGAGUGUACUAUGGGAAAGGGAGCUAAUUCUACCCUUAUGGAAUGUACUAGUGAGAAAAUUUUGAAUGAAAUUGCUGCUGUAACUAAUUCUGGUGAGUCGAGUACUUUUAGUGAGGGGGUUAAUACUGGAGUUACUAGUGGAGUUAAUACUGAGGAAACCCCUUUUGGGGCUGGUACUAAGGAUACUAUUGAAUCUAGUUUAUGUGAUAUAGGUAUAGAAAUAAUGUAUAGAGGUGAAAUAUUAUCAAUAGAAAGAAAGAAUAUGUUUUUUAUAAAAAUUCCAAGAGAUUUUAAAAUUUUACAAUUAUUAUAUAAUUCAUCACUUUUAACUGUUGGAAUUAAUCAAAAUAAUAUAAAUUUAGAAAAAAUAAAUAUAUUAAAUGAAUAUUAUAAUUUUCAACAAAUUAAUUCAUUGGUAUAUAAAUAUUAUAAUCAAUUGUCAAAAAGUAUAAAUUCAAUAUGUUUAAUAUUAAGAUUUACUAAUUAUAAUGAUAAAAAUCAGUAUAAUAAAUUAAUAAUAUAUUUAUCUAAUUGUAUUGAAACAAAUGGUAAAUUAUGUUUAAAUGUAUUAUUAGAAUUAUUGUCACCCGACUUUGUUAGAUUAACUAAUGAAAUAAAAAUUCUAAUUCUCAAAUUUUUAGUUAAAAUUUUGACAAUUAAAAUUUUAAAAAUAUUUUUUAGACAAUUUGUAAUAUAUUUAUUAUACGAUAUUGAUAAUAUAUUGUUUAAUAGAAUAGUUGAAUUAAUUAAUGGAAAUAAACAACUUUCAAUUAAAUUUUAUUAUACAAUUUCAUCUAAAUUAACUAUUGAUAAAUAUAAAUAUUAUUUUAUAAAAUAUAUUAAAUUAGUUGAUGAAGAAAUUUCUAAAUUAAUAAAUUUGAAUAAUAAAUUUUUAAUAUUAUUUACUAAAAUUGUCAAAUUAAUUAAUAAUACAAAACGUCGAUGUAAUUAUAGAAAUUAUUAUCUUAAAUUACUUUUAUCAAAUGUUUCUGAUGAUAAUUGUAUAAUAAAAGAUAAUAAAAUUUUUUUUAAACAAUUUAUACCAUUAAUUACUGAUACUAAUUUUUACAUUACUUCUAUUGAUUUAAAUCAUACAUUUAUAUAUAAAUCUUGUAAUUAUCCAUUAAUUAUUUAUACUAAUGUUAUCCCCGUAACGGUGCUUGGUCACACGGAUAGAAGUACAGUUGGACCUGAUACUAAUGUUAGUAGUACUAAUAGUACUAAGGAUCUUGGAGCUGUUGGAGCAAGCACCGUUACGGGGUCAGGUACUACCAAUAGUACUAAGGUUAGUACUGAUACUAAGGUUAAUAGUACUAAUACCCUAACUACUAUUAAUAAUAAUACUACUAAGGAUACUAUUGGAGCAAGCACCGUAACUAAGGGAAAGGGAGCUAAUUUUACAGCCACCAAGUGUACUACUGAGAAAAUUUUGAAUGAAAUUGCUGUUGUAACUAAUUCUGGGGAGUCGAGUACUUUUUCUAAGGAUACUAAGGAUAUUACUAGUAAGGAUAUUAAGGGUAGUGAGGGUACAGGUACUGAGGGACCUAAUACUGAAGUUAAUACUAAGGAAGCCCCUUUUGGGGCUGGUACUAAGGAAACUGGUGCCGUUGGACCUCACACCGUUACGGAGGAGAAAAUCAAAAUAAUGUUAAAAUGUAAUAAUAUUAAUAAUGAUGAAUUAUAUGUGGAAUUAUUAAAAACAAUUAAAUUAAUAUUAAAUAAAUAUAAAAUAAAUAAUGAUUUUAUUAUAAUAUAUAAUUUAAUAUCAAUAUUUAAUAAUUUGGGAUAUAUACAAUUAUUAAAUACUACAAUAACAAAUUUAAAUUUUAAUGAAAAUGUUGAUAAAAAUUUUGAAAAUAGUUUUAUAAUAAUGAGUAUAAUGAAUUAUUUAUUUGAAAUUGGUGAUCGUAAUUAUGAAAAUAUAAUAAUAACAAAUGGUUAUUUAGUUAAUGUAGAUUGUAAUUACAUGUUUAAACGUAAUAAAUUAUUAACAUUUUUAAUAAAACAUUUUAAUAUUAGUAAACAUAAUAUAUUUAAUAAGUCUAAGAAGGAGUCUACAGUAGUUAAAGAUAGUAGUCUUAAGGAGUUAAGUACAGUAGUUAAGGAAUCUGUAACUGAGCCUAAAUCAGUAUUAGAUACUAAAAAUGAGUUUAAGAAAGAGUUUCGAAAUAAAUUUAAAUUAAUAUUUAAAUUAUUAAGAAAACAUUAUAAAUUAAUAAUAAACUUAUUAUAUGUUUCUAAUAUUGAUAUAAUUAAUGUAUUAAUGGUUGAAGAAAGAUUUUUAAUAUCAUAUACUGGAGAUCAAUUAGAUGAAAAAAUUGAUGAAAUAAUACAAUUUUCAUAUAAUUCACAUGAAUAUACUUUAUUAUUUAAUUAUUGGUAUAAAUUCACUAAUCUCUUUAAAUAA